AUGGCAGCCUCCUUGACGGUCGGGAAGUUGAUACCCUUACUCUCAGCCCUAAGGCUGCCCCAGUUGCUGCAAGUCAGGAACCACCGAGUAGCCCUCAGACCAAAACGGAAGAGACCAAUUCAGAAGUGGUUUGACCCAGCCGACAAGUCUUGGGCAGAGCCUAUUCUCAAAUAUCAACAAGAGAAAGAGUGCAGGCCACCAGCAGAACCAUCGCUGUUACAUAUGGUUUACAGGAUCAAGGAUCACUACACUAGACCCUACUGGGAGAAGGAUGUGCUCAAGGAGUUUGGCCUGUUUGAGAAGUCAUACAACCCAGUUGUUCUCAAAAACACACCAGAAAUCAACGAGAAGCUUCGCUCAGUUCAGCAUCUGAUUCGCAUAAAGCCAGUAACAUUUCCUUAUGGUUUGCCAAAAGAUGAAGAGGAUUACAAACACAGCUACUUACGGUUCAACGGAGAAUUUGUAGUCAGACAUCGUAUAAAUGAUCAGAGUGAUGAGAUAGCACAGGCUUGGUCAGAGGUGAAGUUGGUGGAGGACAACCCCUCAGAAGACAUUUGGAAGAUGGACAAGGAAACAGUACAGAAUGAAACCAGGCGUAUCCUGCAGACAUACCAACUGAGUUCAGAGUACUUCAAAGUGAAGCAUGUCUACAAAUACAACCAGGACGGCAAGGAGUUCCGGUAUAAAGGCGAGCAUGGGGUGGCCAGUACCCGGCAGGAUUGGUACUGA